ACACAAACGCUCAGCUGAUGACGUGUACCAUCCUGUACCGUUAGCUAGCAGCUAGCAAGCUAGCCCAGCCACCUGUCAGAAUAAAGCUGCUGUAAAUAAACCAACGACACAAAGUAAUAGAGUAAGCGGAGCGUUUCCACAGCUCGGGGAAAAUGGAGACACUUUACCACCAGACAAACAAGCACAUCCAGGAGGUUCAGUUUCUGAUGGGAAACCUGGAGAGGACAGACCGUCAGUCGGUGCACUUGUUGGAGAAUGAACUGCAGGCUCGAACUGACCAGAUCUUCAACCAUUUAGAACGCCUCGAGAUCCUGGCCAGCAAGGAGCCACCAAACCGCCGUCAGAACGCCAAAUUGCGAGUGGACCAGCUCAAAUACGAUGUUCAACACCUCCGCACUGGUCUGCAAAACUUCCAGCACCGACGCUACGCCAGAGAGGCCCAGGAGCGAGAGAGGGAGGAGCUCAUGACCCGGACCUUCACGACCAACGACGCAGAUACCUCCAUCCCCAUAGACGAGACCCUACAGCAUAACUCCAAUUUGCACAACGCACACAGAGGCAUGGACGACCUCCUGGGCAGCGGCAGCAGCAUCCUCAACGGUAUCAGAGAUCAGAGAUCCACGUUGAAGGGGACCCAUAAGAAGAUGCUGGACGUGGCCAACAUGUUAGGGCUGUCAAACACAGUGAUGAGACUCAUAGAAAGGCGAGCCACCCAAGAUAAGUUAAUCAUGAUCGGAGGAAUGCUGCUGACCUGCAUCUUCAUGUUCCUGGUGAUCAGAUACCUGGGCUGACCGUCCAUCGGUUGUGGACAUUUCUGCAGCGCAUUGUCCCUCGUGAUAUGAAGCAUUGCAGUGCAAAUUUUUAGCGAUUAAAAUAAAGUAAUUUUUUUAAAUAAAUGUUGCCAUUACAACAGUAUUUUAUUCCACGUGAAGCUCCAAGAGGACAUUGGACUUUCUGCUGCUUUCCUCAGAUUACUGGCACACGACCAUAAUCUUUUAUUUUAUUUUUUAUCAAAACCACUCUGAAACUAAAUCACUUGUGACUGUACAGCAAAGGUUUCUUAAAAAUACUUCAACCCAAUAUUUCAAAGUGAAAAUGAAAAGCUGUUUGUUGUUUUAAUCCUAACAUUGUCGGUGUCUUUCUGCCAUGGAACGCAAAGUUCAAGAAAUAGGAAUAUUACUGCGGAAACACUCGUAAUGAUCCAUAUUUCUCUACAUUUCAGAAAUUCCCUGGAGAAUCUUUUCUGUUUUAAUGUCUCAGUAAUGAAGUCAAAUGCAACAAUCCUGCAAUAAAUUCUUAUGAAAUGAAGGUUGUAAUGUUGAAAUAGGCUUUUAAAUGUGUUGAUUGGGCUGUAUGACCAUUUUUAGGAUGUGGUUUCUGAACAGUAUUGCAUCCCAGAGGUGUUUGUGUUAUUAAGCCUUCCCUCAUUAACAUGAAAAGAGCAAAUCUCUGUUACACAAUUCAGUUCAAUCCAAUCUACAGCCUCCAAAAUGAUCAUACAGUUUCAACUAGAACGUUCAGUGGAUCCGUUAAAGACAAGUUUGUGGAUCGAUCCAGAAUUGAAUGAGUUGUUCCUUUGCGUCAUUCCCCACCCGUCCACAUUUUAAUGGAAAUAUGUUUAGUUUUUUUUAAGAGUAAUCCUGCUGACAAAGACAUAAACAGCAAUGGAAACAUAACGUCCUCGGCAGAGGUAACAAAACUUUAACAUUAUAACCUUCUUGAAGUUAAGAUUCCCUGCAGGACUGAUGCAUCAGACUGUAUUAAUUUGAGCUAAGUGAACCUGAUCAAGUGGCAACUGUAUCUUAAGCACCAGAUUGUCACAAACAUCUGUUGAGAAAAGCGAUGGAAGCAGCCAUUAUUUUAUAAUUGUUAUGUACUGUCUCAUUGAUUCAUGCCUGUCUAGGCUCACUAUGUGAGUCCUUUAAUUCCCUUACUAGAAUAAAACAUGUUCCAUUUC